AUGAAUAAGCUUUACAUCGGCAACCUCAACGAGAGCGUGACCCCCGCGGACUUGGAGAAAGUAUUUGCGGAGCACAAGAUCUCCUACAGCGGCCAGUUCCUGGUCAAAUCCGGCUACGCCUUCGUGGACUGCCCCGACGAGCACUGGGCCAUGAAGGCCAUCGAAACUUUCUCCGGGAAAGUAGAACUACAGGGAAAACGACUAGAGAUUGAACACUCGGUCCCCAAAAAGCAAAGGAGUCGGAAAAUUCAGAUCCGAAAUAUUCCACCUCAGCUCCGAUGGGAAGUACUGGACAGCCUGCUGGCCCAGUAUGGCACAGUAGAGAACUGUGAGCAAGUGAACACUGAGAGUGAGACGGCAGUGGUGAAUGUCACCUACUCCAACCGGGAGCAGACCAGGCAAGCCAUCAUGAAGCUGAAUGGCCACCAGUUGGAGAACCAUGCCCUGAAGGUCUCCUACAUUCCUGAUGAGCAGAUAGCCCAGGGUCCUGAGAAUGGGCGCCGAGGAGGCUUUGGCUCCCGGGGUCAGCCCCGCCAGGGAUCACCUGUGGCAGCGGGGGCACCAGCCAAGCAGCAGCAAGUGGACAUUCCCCUUCGGCUCCUAGUGCCCACCCAGUAUGUGGGCGCCAUCAUUGGCAAGGAGGGUGCUACCAUUCGCAACAUCACAAAACAGACCCAGUCCAAGAUAGAUGUGCACAGGAAGGAGAAUGCAGGCGCAGCUGAGAAGGCCAUCAGCGUGCACUCGACCCCUGAGGGCUGCUCCUCCGCCUGUAAGAUGAUUUUGGAGAUUAUGCAUAAGGAGGCAAAGGACACCAAAACGGCUGACGAGGUCCCCCUGAAGAUCCUGGCCCAUAAUAACUUCGUGGGGCGUCUCAUUGGCAAGGAAGGGCGUAACCUGAAGAAGGUGGAGCAGGACACAGAGACGAAAAUCACCAUCUCCUCCUUGCAGGACCUCACCCUGUACAACCCUGAGAGGACCAUCACUGUGAAGGGGGCCAUUGAAAACUGCUGCAGGGCCGAGCAGGAGAUCAUGAAGAAAGUUCGGGAGGCCUACGAAAACGACGUGGCUGCCAUGAGCCUGCAGUCUCAUCUGAUCCCCGGCCUGAACCUGGCUGCCGUGGGUCUCUUCCCCGCCUCGUCCAGCGCAGUCCCACCGCCUCCCAGCAGCGUUACUGGGGCUGCUCCCUACAGCUCCUUUAUGCAGGCUCCAGAGCAGGAGAUGGUGCAGGUGUUCAUCCCCGCCCAGGCGGUGGGCGCCAUCAUCGGCAAGAAAGGGCAGCACAUCAAACAGCUCUCACGGUUCGCCAGCGCCUCCAUCAAGAUUGCUCCACCUGAGACACCCGACUCCAAAGUUCGUAUGGUUAUCAUCACUGGACCCCCAGAAGCCCAAUUCAAGGCUCAGGGAAGAAUUUAUGGCAAACUCAAGGAGGAGAACUUCUUUGGUCCCAAGGAGGAAGUAAAGCUGGAGACUCAUAUACGGGUGCCAGCAUCGGCAGCUGGCCGAGUCAUUGGCAAAGGCGGCAAAACGGUGAACGAGUUGCAGAAUUUGACAGCAGCUGAGGUGGUAGUGCCAAGAGACCAGACCCCUGAUGAGAACGACCAGGUCAUCGUUAAGAUCAUCGGGCACUUCUAUGCCAGCCAGAUGGCUCAGAGGAAGAUCCGAGACAUCCUGGCCCAGGUUAAGCAGCAGCACCAGAAGGGACAGAGUAACCAGGCCCAGGCACGGAGGAAGUGA